AUGGGUGCCGGGGCGAGCUUCAACCCAGCGAGCGAUAUCCCAAACCUAACUGGAAGGAUCAUUCUCGUUACUGGCGGCAGUGCUGGCCUUGGAAAACAGACCAUUCAGUACCUGGCAGCUCACUCGCCUUCACGCAUUUACCUGGCAGCGCGUACCCCCUCAAAAGCCGAGUCUGCAAUCGCGUCGAUCCGCGAAGCCGUUCCCGAUGCCCCUGUCGAGUAUCUCCCGCUCGACCUCACGUCUUUCUCGUCCAUUGCUGAUGCGGCGAGGGCUUUCAAAGAGAAGGAGAAGCGCUUGGAUAUACUCAUCAACAAUGCGGGCGUCAUGGCUAUGCCGUACAGCCUGACCAAGGAGGGUUAUGAGAUCCAAUUCGGCACGAACCACAUGGGCCACGCCCUGCUCACCAAGCUGCUCCUACCGGUGCUGCUCGAAACCGCAAAGGAGCCAGGUGCCGACGUGCGCAUCGUGAAUCUCUCCAGCAUGGGCCAUUGGGGCGCUCCCUCCGGCGGCAUCAUCUGGGACCAGAAAGUGCUGGAGCAGCAAUACACUUUCCGGCGGUACGGGCAAUCCAAACUGGCAAAUGUCCUGUUUACCAAGGAGCUCGCUGCUCGGUAUCCGCAGAUUACGUCCGUUGCCGUGCACCCGGGCGUUAUCAUUACCGAUCUGUAUGUGUCGUUUCGGGCGAACCCGAUUUCGAAGAUUGGACUGUGGGUGUAUCAGCUUUUGACACCCAUACUUCCGGGGCAUUUCAAGGACGCGAAGGGUGGGGCGUUGACGCAGACGUGGGCGGCGACGGUGCCGAAGGAGCGGUUGGAGAAUGGGGCGUUUUAUCGGCCGGUGGGGAUCAAGAUGAGCGGGAGUAGGUACGCGCAGGAUGCAGGGCUGGCGAAGAAGCUUUGGGAGUGGACGGAGGCGGAAUUUCAGAAACAUGGGUACUAG